AUGAGUGAUCACAAUGCCACACAUAAUUUUUAGGCUAAUUUAUAAGUUUAAAAGAGCUAAGAUUAUAUGCAGAAUCUUGAUGAUGUGAAUGUUAACUAGAUAUAAUAAAAUAUGCACAAGAAUCAUGAUUUCAGCUUAGAUGAUUAAUUUUAGCAUCUAGGAAAUUAUGAAGAAUAAAAUAUAAUCGAUUUCUAAGAUAAUUUUGGAAAUUUGCUAUAAGACCAUGAGAAUAACUGGUUUUAAAAUUAUAAAAAUUCAAACGAUUCAGAUGAAAUAUACUUUCACAAUGUCUUGAAUAAUAAAUCUUAGGCAAUAGAAAAAAAUUAUUAUUAAUAAUCUAAUUAAAAUAAUUUGCAAGAAGAAGAAGAAGAAAUAGCUGCAAAAUAAAAUAUUUAAAAUGUAGGAAAUACUAAGAGCCAUGAAGAAUAGUAGUAGACACAAAGAUAUAGUUUAAAGGACAUAUAAGAGUAUAUUUUAAAUAAUCCUGAGUAUAGCAAAAAAUAUAAAAAGAAAAUUGCUUGUCCUUAAUGCGUUAAGGCUAAUCUCCAAGCAUUCGAAAUUAACAAAGAAGAGUCUCUAUUUAUGUGCACGAACGUUAAUUGUAGUUUCCCAUUCGAGAGCAAUGAGUUACAUCUCCUAACGUUCUAAACUAAAUUCAAAAAAAGAGUAUUUACUAAGAUAAAAAAUUACAUACAAACAAAAUACGAUCCUUCUAUAGAAAUAUACUUUGAUGAGGAAGAUGUCAGUGCAGUAAUUAAGUAAUUAGAACAGUAUUAAGAAAAAUGA